UCGCUGAGCUGGAAGGUUUGACUUGAACCCCAUGACGUUGGAAGAGCGAAAAAUCGCUCAGUUUUUGCCAAUCGAAAAAGCACAAAACUGUCAAUUUUUCAUGUGCAAAAACUUCAGCUUGGUUCAAUUUUGGCCCUAGAAAGAAAACUCCCCAUGUGCAUUUAAUUGUGUUUCCCCAUCAAAUAGUGUCCAAAUCAGAAUGCUAAUUAAGGAAUUCCGUGUCACCUUGCCACUCACCGUGGAAGAGUAUCAAGUUGCACAGCUCUUUUCCGUUGCGGAGGCGUCAAAAAAUGAGACAGGCGGUGGUGAAGGCAUUGAAGUGCUCAAGAAUGAACCCUUUGACAACCAUCCGCUUCUGGGUGGAAGAUACAGUUCCGGACAGUAUACGUAUAAAAUCUACCAUUUAGCUUCAAAAGUGCCAGCGUUUAUUCGACUACUGGCGCCAAAGGGAUCCCUGGAGAUUCAUGAGGAAGCAUGGAAUGCCUAUCCCUAUUGCCGGACAGUCAUUACCAAUCCUGGAUAUAUGAAAGAGAACUUUGUGAUUUGCAUCGAGUCACUCCAUGUUGGAGACGUGGGUAAUCAGCACAAUGUUCAUGAAUUGCCACCGGAAAAGCUGAAAAUCCGUGAUGUUGUGCACAUUGACAUUGCCAAUGAUCCUGUAUCAUCGGCAGAUUAUAAGCCGUCUGAGGAUCCUACAAAAUUCAAGUCGGAGAAGACUGGGCGUGGACCGCUCGUGGGUCCCGACUGGAUGAAGAAGGUCGAUCCUGUGAUGACGUGCUAUAAAUUGGUCACGUGCGAGUUCAAAUGGUUUGGACUUCAGUCACGGAUAGAGAAUUUCAUCCAAAAGUCCGAGCGACGACUCUUUACAACUUUCCAUCGACAAGUAUUCUGCUGGAUGGAUCGCUGGCACGGAUUGACAAUGGAGGAUAUUCGUGCCAUUGAGGAUAAAACCAAAGAGGAACUGGACAAACAGCGUCACCUUGGGGAAGUUCGGGGCAUGAAAGCUGAGACAGAUUAAACGGUCGCAGCCCAUUGUACAGAAGAAGGAAAUUCGGUGAGAUGAUUAACAAAUUUCCAUAGUAAAAAAAAAAUGAGAAAAAAAACAAAAAGAAAACAAUCUUGCUGCAAAAUUAAUGGAGAAUUCAAAUUAAAUGAAAAAAAAAUUGUAUUAACAUUUAACACAACAAAAUGAGAAGAAAAACUAUAAUUGUUAAUUAGUUCUACAGGCUGAUAGAUGAAAAGAAAAAUAAUAAUUAAACUAUAAUAUUGAAAUCUUGAAAGAUACAAGAUUAGUUCAGUGACAAAUUUCGGGAGAGUCAGAAAGAAUGAACAAAGUUUUUUUUGUUGUUUUCUUGAGAAAAGCUCUACUAUUUUUUCCUUCUUUUCACGUCCUCAAUUCUUUUUUUUUCGGAGAAAGAAAAACCUUGGUUUUCAGUUUCCAGAACCAAUAUUUAAUAGACUAAAAUAAACACUACAAAAUAGUCAGAGAGGGAAAAUCUUGCAGUAAAUUAAAGAAAAAAAAAUAAUAAUGCGUGUUUAGAGCAGAAAAUUACAGUGAAACUCAGUGAAAAUCAUAAAUUUUUUUCUGGUAAAUAUAAAAUAGCAAUUAUUGAGACAAAAAAAAAAAUACGUCAAGGUAGAUGGCUAAUGUAACGAGAAAGUAAUUAUUAAAACAAAAAUAUAUUGCAUAGAACAAUAAUUAGAAAAAAAAUGACAUUUUAUUGACAAAUUAGUGGUGAAUUUUUAUGGGUUUCCUUUUUCGCUGGGAGGGGGUGAAAAGUUGGGGAGAAGAUUGCACGGCAAUUUUGGGGUUUCCUUGCCAAGAGUCUUUAUAGAAAAAAAAAUUGAACUGACUUAACUGUACUGUACAUUCUUUUUUAUUUCAUAUUUUGCAUUGAGGUUAUAUUGGACCUUUGGUACAAGUUCCGACUAUGGAUAAUUUUAGGCCACGCCCCUUUUAGCAGGAGUGAUCACUUUGCGGUGAAAAUUCUGAGUUUUCUCUUUUUAAAUAUUAUUGAAUCACCCAAGCUAAAAUGAGACUUACAAUUGUGCAUUAGAGUGAAAAGAUCACUUUAUGCAGAAAAUAGGCCACGCCCACUCACGCCCAUUUCUUCUAGGACAUGAACUCGUCCUUUGUAUACCGUAGAUAAGGAAGAUUUUGCUCAAAUAGAGCCUAGAUGUUUGCAGCCCACAGAUCGUACCAUGCUCCCUAUACAAUCUAUCUAUAUAUCUUUAGUAAACUUUCUUUAAGGAUGGUCUUUACUGAUUGGACCGAUUGGACAUAACAGAGGGAGUCCCAAGAUUAUGCACUUUUUCGGAACUAAGAAAAAGAAAGCGAAAUGGCACUGCAUACAGAAAUUUUGCAUACCCUCAGGAGAUUUCUUUUGAAAGUUAUAGAAACGCCGUAAAAUAUCCAAAAUAUUGUUAGCGACAAUUCUUGGGCUUUUUUCAGCGCCAACUGUUCAUAAGUUACGAAUUUCAAGUCGAAAGUUCAUACCUUAGUUCGAAAGUUUAUACCUUAGAAUAAUGUGAAUUUUCUUUUAUCCUUCGUAAUAGACUUACACAUUUCUAUUAAAUAUUAGUUAGCUUAUUGUCAAUUAUUGAUAAUUAUGUGUAAGUGUCUUGCGAAAAAUAAAAAAAAAUCACAUUAUUCGAAGGCAUGAACGUUCGACAGAAGAGCACUUUCCCCUACCGCCUCAAAAAAAAUGCAUACAUAUAGGGGUAUUUCAAAAAUGAUUUCACAAACUAGCUCCUAAUGGUAAACAAAGAUGCAUAAGUGUAUUUGCAUACAGAGAGUUCCGGCUUAAGUGAAUACGGAUUGAAAGAACUUGAUGUAAAUUGCCUACUUUUGGGAGCUCAUUCAUAAAAAUAAUUUUUGAAUUGCCCCUAAAUGUAUGCAAAUAUUUUUCUCGCGGUAAAUUUGAAAUAUAUUUCUUAUGAGCAAUUGACGCUUAAAAUAUUUCGCACACAUCACGGGGUUUCCGUAAUUUAAUCCAAAAACUUUUCCCGUGGGUAUGCAAUUUUACUGUGUCACUUAAGUGGAUUCGUGGCGUUUUUUUUCGGUCCAGAGAAUUUCUUUGAAAGCGGAACUUCCUGUAAUUCUAGCAUGUGCAUAAUUUCUUGAUCCCCUGUAAAUCGGAUCGAUUAAGACCAUUCCUAAUUACUGGAAUUUAAGAAAAAAGGGGUGCAAAUUCAAUCGCAUCUACGGUAGUUUAAAAUGCUUUUGGAUUUGUGCAAUAAAUAAAGUGUAUUAAAUAAAUAAGAAAAUAUAAUUUUUCAUAAUGGGAAACACUCGUUGAAAGUGUAUUUCAAUACCGUUUAAAUUUUUUUUUCACAAAUUUAAUAAUUCUUACGAAUUACGAAAACAAUAAUCAUGAGAAUUGCUUUAGUAAGAACAACAUUUUCCAUUUAAAACACUAAAAAUAACUUUUCAUUUGAAAACUUUUGAAAUGUCACGAAAUUUGCCUUUAACAAUCUUCACGCGCUGUGAAAUUGAAUGGCUUACUAUCAAAAAAAGGAAGUAAAACCGCUAUAGAACGUAUAUUUCUCACUCGAUUUAAUUAAAACUGGAUUCGUUUGAAAGGUCUUGAAAUUCUCAACAAUUCUAUAUGAAUUUAAACCGGUGAUAAAUCAGUAAGGUGCCGCGAAAAAUGUGCUUUUUACCCCAAAUUUUCCUUUCAAUUUUCACAGAAUAUUCCAUGAAAAAAUCCACUACUUCUCUCAAUUGCCUUAAGAGAAAGAAAAUGCCUUUAAGAAUAAAUAAUACAGAACAACGAACAGAACUUAGGAGCAUUGAAAUAGUACCAGCUUCUUCGUAAAAACAACCAAGAAUUAUUAGAAAUGCAAUAAAAAUCGUGAAUUAUGGAUUUGAUAAUUUAUUCUACCGAAAGGAGUGUAAUCUGAAAAGAAAGUUUUCUUUUUAGAGUUAUUUGCAAAAAGUUUGUGCCAAGGAGUUUCUGUCAUGGACUAUUUUCAAAAGGUCUUAUCAAAUCUAUAAAUAAUUUUAUUUACGGAUUUUUAAGACUUUUUGGGUUUAUUAAAUGGAAUAAACUCAUGAUAGUAAACCUUUUCUUAUCCUCCUGGAAAAGCGUUUCCAUCGUUUUCUUCUGAAGGUUGGUCAGUCGUGCUAAGACGGCAGCGGACAUCAUCAAACCUACCUUAUUGAAUACUUUGCUUUCUUACUUCUGUGCUUUAAAGAGAAUUUAGUUUUAAAAGCCCUGAUAUAGAUAAAUAUGAAAUCGAUAUCCCUCUCGUUCGUUUUAAAUAAAAGUUGCAUGGGGGGCGUGGUUUAAAUUUUAUCAGUGGCUAAUGUUUAAACUCAAUCAGCUAAAGAAACUUUACUCAAAUAUGGCACAGUUACAAAGAAAAAUAAACUUUAAGAAAAAGAAUUUAAGAAAUAUUUACUUCAGUUGGUCAUAAUUCUAUAAAGAGGUACGUCCUAAAAUAUUUAUGGGCGGGGCUUAAAUAAGAGCUUCAAUACUAUUUUUCUACAAAUGGUGUAGUAACAGGAAAUCUUCAAAAUCUAGGAAUUAUAUACAGAUAGGGGCUUCUCCGGUGAUGGCCAGUGAAGUCACCUUACAAAGGGAAAUACUUCUUCAAUCUUGCCCAGAGCUUUCGGUCUUUUGGUAAAAUUGAAGAAGGGUUUUUCUUUCUGAGGUGACUUGAAAUCCACUGGUCAUCACCGGAAAAUCACCUAUCUGUACGCACUACGCCAGUACUUCAUCUAAUUUGGAAAUAUUUACUACCAUUUGCCACAGUUCUUUAAAGAGGCGUGUCCUAAAAUAUUUUUGAGCGUGGCCUAUGCAGAAGCUCAGUACUAUUUUACUGUCAAUGACGAAGUUACAAGAAAUCUUCAAAAUUUAGAAAAUAUUUGCAGAUAGGGUACUCUUUAGUGAUGGCCAGUGGAUUUCAAGUCACCACAAAGAAAAUCACUUCUUCAAUCUUGCCCAGAGCUUUCGGUCCUGGGGCAAGAUUAAAGAACUGUUUUUCAUUGUAAGGUGACUUGAAAUCCACAUCUUCACCGUUGAGUUCCCUAUCUAUACGCACUACGCCAGCCCUUGAUCCAAUUUGGAAAUACUUACUUCCAUUUGUCACAAUUCUCUAAAGAGGCGUGUCCUAAAAUAUUGAUGGGCUGGGCUUCUGUAGGAACUUCAAUACAAUUUUACUGCAAAUGGCGUAGUAACAAAAAAUCUUUAUAAACUUAAAUAUUUUCUUUCAUUUGUCAUAAUUCCCUGAAGAGGCGUGUCCUAAAGUAUUAAUGGGCGGGGCUUCUGUAGGAACUUCAAUACUACUUUUCUGCAAAUGGCGUAGUAAAAAAAUCUUAAUAAAAUUAAAUAUUUUCUUCCAUUUGUCACAAUUAUCUAAAGGGGCGUGUCCUAAAGUAUCGAUGGGCGGGGCUUCUGUCGAAAUUUCAAUACUAUUUUACUGCAAAUGGUAUAGCAACAAAAUAUCUUUAAAAAAACACGAAAUGUUUUCCAUCAUUUGUCAUAUUUCUCUAAAGAGACGUGUCUUAAAAGAUUUUUGGGCGGGGCUUAUACCGAAGGUUCAAUACUAUUUUUUUUUUUUUUUGCAAAAUAUGGAAUUUAAAGGAGUUGCAGUAAAGCGUACGAGUCGCAAGAUACUAACAUUAAUCAAGCAAAGAAAAAAUAAGUCUUCUUUUUCGUCAUCGAGAAACCACCUAAAUGCAUUUCAGAACUAACAAAAAAAAUAUUAACAGAAACUAUUUUAGAGUGAAUGAAAAAAAUACCACAGAGCACAGCUAAUUUCUAUGAAAAAAAAAUAUAAACUAUAAUUUAGAAAAUUGUAUUUAAAAAGAAAAGAAAAAUAUUUGCGAUAAAAAAUCCUUCCUGAUUCGUAUUUAGAUAUUUUCACGUAAACUUCACAGGAGAAAGAAAAAUUAUUCAGCAGAAGAGCGUCAUUUUUCCAGCAAUAGUGUGAAAUAUUUAAUGUGGAUAAUAAUGGUUAUAUUAAAGAGGUUUUAAAGAUAGUAGAAAAAAAACAUGAUUAGUAAAUACAAUGAAUUCUCUGGUGUUACAGAGGAAAAUAACAGAGAGGAUAAUAGGAGAAAAAAAACUAUUCUUGAUUUAAGUCAAUAGCAUUAGUAGGAAUUAUUUUUAUUGAAAAAAAAAGUGGGAGAAACUAUGUUUAUUUCAAAAGAAAAAAACAGAGAAUAUGGGCGUAUGGAAGUGUGAGAAUGAUUCUUGUUGUAAUUCCUAAAAUAUUUUCUUCUUUAAGCUUAGCAAUUCUUUCAAUUAAAAGGGGAUUUUUUGUCCUCUCGCACCUUCAUUUUGAUCUGGAAUUUGAAUUAAUAAUAAACCCUCCAAUUUAUUGGGUGGUCCCUUUUACUAUAUAUUUUUCCCCUGGUGAUUGAAAAUGGGAGUAAUAGAACAGCAGGUGGAACAUGUUUAGCAAAAUUAGAAAAUUUUCUUUAUUCGCCCUCUUCAAAAAAAGAAAGAAAAAUAAAAGUUCACAAAACACGCAAAGACAAACCAGAGGUGAGAUGUCUGAGAGAGAAGUCCAGAUAUUUGAGACAAAAGAAAAUAUUAAAAAAAAAAAAAAAAUUAAACUAAUCAAUUAAAACUUGUUCAGUAUGUGUAUAAAAAACAAAUAAAUUAUUGAAGGUGAAUAAAA